AUGGCAACCAAAAGCAACUGGGAGGUGGUGAAAGGCCGCAUGACCGUGAGCCCGACCGACGACCCCGAAGCCUCGAUGAACGCCAACCUGGAGAACGCAGAACCAGAACUCUGCAUCCGCCUGCUGCAGGUCCCCACCAUGCUGAACUACUCGGGUCUGCGUCGGCGUCUGGAGAGCAGCGACCGGUCCUGGAUGGAGCAGUUCCUGGAGCAGCGGGGUCUGGACCUGCUGAUGGAGGCUCUGCAGAGGCUCUCAGGGAGGGGGGGGGGGGGCUGUUCCUGCUUCUCGGACACCCUCCUGCCCCUCACCUGCGUCUGCUGCAUCAGAGCCGUCAUGAACUCCUCAACUGGACUCUGCUUCAUCCUGAACAACCAGGACCACGUCAGGACCCUCACACAGGCUGUGGACACCUCUAACAUCAUGGUGAAGAUGCAGGUGUUUGAGCUGCUAGCUGCCCUCUCUGUGUUCCACGCUCAGGGGCGCCACCUAGCGCUGGACGCUCUGAACUACUACAAGAGUGUGAAGAAGCAGCAGUACAGGUUCAGUGUGGUGAUGAAUGAACUUCAGGGAACAGAUAACGUUCCCUACAUGGUGACACUGAUGAGUGUUGUCAACGUGCUCGUGUUGGGAGAGGAAGACCUGAGGAAGAGGAGCCGUCUGCGGCAGGAGUUCAUCGGUACGAUCAAUCACUGUUUGGACCUGCUGCCCCGCCUCAGGGAGACGGAGGAUGAGAACCUGAACAUCCAGUGCUACGCGUUCGAGGAUUCUCUGACGAAGGACGAGGAGGAGAUGGAGCGACUGUACGGAGGCAUCGACAUGAGCAGCCACCAGCACGUCUUCACCUCCCUGUUCACCAAGGUACCUCCACCUGUACCUCCACCUGUAGCUCCACCCUCACCUCCACCUGUACCUCCACCCUCAUCUCCACCCUCAGCUCCACCCUCACCUCCACCUGUACCUCCACCCUCAGCUCCACCCUCACCUUCACCUGUACCGCCACCCUCACCUCCACCUGUACCUCCACCUGUAGCUCCACCUGUACCCUCACCUCCACCUGUACCUCCACCCUCAGCUCCACCCUCACCUUCACCUGUACCGCCACCCUCACCUCCACCUGUACCUCCACCCUCACCUUCACCUGUACCGCCACCCUCACCUCCACCUGUACCUCCACCCUCAUCUCCACCCUCAGCUCCACCCUCACCUUCACCUCUCCACCUGUACCCUCACCUCCACCUGUACCUCCACCCUGAACUCCACCUGUACCUCCACCCUGACCUCCACCUGUACCUCCACUUGUACCUCAACCCUCAUCUCCACCUGUACCUCCACCUGUACCUCCAUCACCUCCACUUCGCCACCUGUACUUCCACCUGUAACUCCUCCACCUGUCACCUCCACCUUAAGCAGCUGUCCUCUUCCCUGCAGGUGUCCAGCAGUCCAUCCUCCGCCCAGCUGCUGUCCAUCCUGCAGGCGUUGCUGAUGAACAUCUUCCCCCUCAAGCAGUUCAAAUGUUCCCAUGAGGACUUUGUGUCUCUGAUCCAGAGAGGAGACACAUCCAAGUUUGACGUGGAGAUCCUGAAACAGCUGAAGCACCUGCUGCCUGAGAAGCAUGAGGUAGAAAACCUGAAGUCCCACCAAGCAAACAGGGACAAGUUGGCGUCAGUGGAUCAGUUCUACCUGCAGCUGCUGGACGUCCCCAGUUACUCUCUGAGGAUCGAGUGCAUGCUGCAGUGUGAGGAGAGCAGCAGUUUGUUUGAGACUCUGAAACCCGAAGCUGAGCUGCUGGACCGGGCCUGCCAGAGUGUGAGGGAGAGCACUCGGCUGCCGAGCUUCUGUAAACUCAUCCUGGAUGUUGGAAACUUUCUCAACUAUGGCUCCCACACAGGGAACGCUGAAGGUUUUAAGAUCAGCACUCUGCUCAAACUGACCGAAACCAAAGCCAACAAGUCCAGAAUCACCCUGCUGCACCACAUCCUGGAGGAAGUGGAGCAGAACCAUCCCGACCUUCUGAACCUGCCUGAUGACCUGGAGAUCUGUGAGAGCGCUGCUGGCGUGAACUCAGAGACUAUCCAAUCAGAGCUUUCCACUCUGAACAAACAGCUGAAGAACUGUGAGAAGAAACUUUCCUCUGCAGCCGCUGACGUGCAGCAGCAUUACCUGUCCUCCAUCCAGGACAGCCUGGCAUCCUGCGAGCAGCUGCAGCAGCUGUUGUCGUCGGUGGACGAGCGGAGGACGGAGCUGUGUGUGUAUCUGUGUGAGGACAGCAGCCGCUUCUCACUCUACGAACUCUUCAACACCAUCAAGACCUUCAGAGGACUCUUCCUCCGAGCCCUGAAGGAGAAUGAGAGCAGGAGGAAGCAGGAGGAGGAGAGCAGGAGGAAGCAGGAGGAGAAACAACGCAGAGGAGACAUCAAGACCGGUGAGUCUAACUCUAUCAUCAGGAAGGUUGUUUCCCUUCAGGACGAAGACGAAGGCAGCAUCAUCGACAACCUGCUGGCUGAGAUCAAGAAGGGCUACGACCUGAAGAAGACCCGAACCCGGUCUCAGAAAGUCAGCCUGCCCCCUGCUGGGAGGACGAGGGACAGCAGACCUCAUGAUCAUCACGUCAAGAUCGAACGGUCGCUGGCCUUUGACGAACCGGACCAGGACCAGACACCUAAAGACCAGAACCAGGACCAGACCCCUAAAGACCAGACCCCUAAAGACCAGAACCAGGACCAGACCCCUAAAGACCAGACCCAAGACCAGACCCCUAAAGACCAGACCCCUAAAGACCAGAACAGGGACCAGACUCCUAAAGACCAGAACCAGACCCCUAAAGACCAGGACCAGACCCCUAAAGACGAGAACCAGGACCAGACCCCUAAAGACCAGGACCAGACCCCUAAAGACCAGGACCAGACCCCUAAAGACGAGAACCAGGACCAGACCCCUAAAGACCAGGACCAGACCCCUAAAGACCAGACCCCUAAAGACCAGAACCAGGACCAGACCCCUAAAGACCAGAACCAGGACCAGACCCCUGAAGACCAGGACCAGACCCCUAGAGACCAGGACCAGACCCCUAGAGACCAGGACCAGGACCCUGAAGACCAGGACCAGACCUCUAAAGACCAGGACCAGACCCCUAAAGACCAGGACCCUCAGUCUUCCUUUGAGGAGAUCACAUGGUCAGCUGGACCUGGACCAGGAUCAGGAUCUGCACCAGGAUCAGGACCUGGACCAGGAUCAGGUCCUGCUCCACCAGGUACCAGCUGCUAUUUCACACGUUGA